AUGAGAGAUGGUUUCGAGAGCCAGAUCAAGAUCCACAGACCAGCAGGCAAGUCUGGAGGACCUUUGCUCGUCCUAGUAUAUGGUGGCGGCUUUGUGGUCGGUAAUAACCAGCAAUUGACUCCCUACGGCCGGGGCCUGGCUAGAGCCUUUGACGCAGUCGUCGUGACGAUUGCGUACAGACUGGCACCUGAGCACAAGUUCCCUACUGCGCCAAAUGACACCGAAGACACUCUGUUGUGGAUUGCGAAGAAUGCAGAGUCUCUGUGUGCGGAUCCUUCGAAGGGUUUCAUACUUGGAGGCAUCAGUGCAGGAGGUAACCUAAGUGCAGUCAUUGCGCAGAAGACUCUGGAAGACAAGAGCCUGGCACACCCUCUUACGGGUCUUUGGCUCUGUGUCCCCCUCGUCUUCCCUAACAAAGAUCUGGUACCAGACAAGUACAAGGACGUCUGGUUCUCACACGAACAAAACGCUGAAGCGCCUAUUCUCGACAAGGACGCCAUAGAUGCUAUUGGAGGCCAUCUGGAACCGAACGAGAGCUCACCGCUCUAUUCGCCGUUCAACAGCAAGAAUCCUCACAAAGGAUUGCCGCCAACUUACAUCCAAGUAGAUGGAUUGGAUCCCCUUCGCGACGAUGGUUUGAUUUACGAGCAGGUGUUGAGCGAGAAUGGUGUAAAGACAAAACUCGACAUUUGGCCAGGACUGCCUCACGCACAUUUUGCUUUCCUGCCGUUCCUGAGCGGCAGCAAGAAGGCAAUCCUCGACACCUUCUUGGGCUUCGGGUGGCUGUUGGGAGUUGACAUUUCUCCUCAAAAGGUGCAGGAAGUUAUGGUCGCACCGGCAGGCGGUUAG